CCUUGCUGUGAUGAUAUAUAUAGUUCCUCAUCGAUCUAUGCACUUCCUCCUUCGGACGUCCGGUUGACUUGAAUACACACGGACCCCUCGAACGUCGAAGCGCACGAACGUCACAUUUGCCGGCAAGCAUACAGCUACUAUUCCGGUCUUGCUCUUCGUGGAAGUCCGCCUUCACUCCAUCGUCAAGCUGGCGACCCUCCAAACUACAACGCGCACGUCGUCUCGCGCAAUUUCCCGCGUGUUCCCUCAGCUGCAGCUGCGACGAGCUGCUGCCAGGCGAUCCAUCGGUACAACAGCAGCCCUCUCGAGCGCAGCCCAACCGCCUGCUGCCAAGGUGUCGAUCGACCGCACAGCUAACAAGGCCCAGCCAGCCCAGCGGAUCUCCCUCGCUGUUGCGCAUCUCUCCGGCCUCUCCCGUAAUAUCUCUUCCACCUCAAGAGCCAAUAUGCCGCCUGUACCACAACCUAAAUCAGAGCACUACGAUGUCAUCGUCAUCGGAGGUGGCUCUGGCGCCAUGGGUAUGGGUCGCAGGGCUGCUUCGUACGGCGCCAAGGUGGCUCUCAUUGAGAUGGAUGGUCGCCUCGGUGGCACCUGUGUCAAUGUCGGAUGCGUGCCCAAGAAGCUCAUGUGGCACGCUGCCGACACGGCAGAGGCCAUCAAGAGCGCCAGCGAAUAUGGCUUUGGCGAGACAGUCCCCAAGAUGGAGUCCCCAAAGUUCGACUGGAACUACUUUGCUGAAAAGCGAGAUGCAUACGUCAAGCGUCUCAACGGUAUCUACGAUCGCAACCUUGAAAAUGACAAGGUCGAGUAUAUUUCAGGAUACGCCAAAUUGAUUGGUAACAAGAAGGUCGAGAUUUCCUUGCGUGGCGAAGACGGCGAAUUCAAUGCGGGCAAGCACACCAUCUCGGCGGACCACAUCGCCAUUGCCGUUGGCGGGAGGCCGACUAUUCCUUCGGAAAAAGACAUUCCUGGCGCGAGCUUGGGCAUCGACUCGGACGGCUUCUUUGCCCUGCGCGAGCAGCCGAAGCGCGUCGCCGUCGUCGGUGCAGGAUACAUUGCUGUCGAGCUUGCCGGAGUCUUCAACACGCUCGGUAGUGAGACCCAUUUGCUUAUCCGCGGGGAAAAGUUCUUACGUGCCUUCGACCCAGUCCUAAGUGAUACCCUUCAAGAGUACAUGGCCCAGACUGGGCUCAAUGUGCACCAGAAGACCAAUGUGAAGAAGGUCACCGGCACAAAAGGCGGCCCUCUUACACUGGAGCUUGACACAGGAAAGAUGCUCGAGGUCGAUUGCCUGCUCUGGGCCAUCGGGCGUUACGCGAACACCGAAGGCCUCGGCCUCGACGCCGAAGGCAUCAAGACAGCCAAGGAUGGAUCCAUCGUCGUCGACAAGUACCAGAACACCAAUGUGCCGGGUAUCUACGCCGUCGGUGAUGUCAUAGGCAAGGCGCUCCUCACGCCGGUCGCCAUCGCUGCCGGUCGACGUCUCUCGAAUCGACUGCUCGGCAAGCCAGAAAUGAAAGACGAUCAUCUGGAGUACGAAAAUAUCCCCACUGCCAUUUUCUCUCAUCCACCUUGCGGGACUGUCGGCCUGUCGGAGGCCCAGGCAGUAGAAAAGUACGGCAAGGACAACGUCUUUGUCUAUCAGACACGCUUCACCAACAUGUACUUUGGCAUGCUAGAGCACAAAGAGCCGACCGUCUUCAAGCUGGUCGUCACCGGGAAGGAGGAAAAAAUCGUCGGCAUCCACAUCGUCGGCGUUGGCAGUGACGAAAUGAUCCAGCCGCUCGGCAUCACAGUCAAGAUGGGUGCUACCAAAAAAGAUUUCGACGAUACCGUCGCUGUCCACCCUUCCAGCGCAGAGGAACUCGUCACAAUCCAGCCAUCAGCGCGUAGGAAUGCCCAGGUUUAGGAGAUCAUGUAGACUACAUUUUGAAUCAGGUGCGGCAUUCGGAUGCA